AUGGACAGCUAUUUGAUGGCAAGGCACGGUGGUGAUGACCACGGGGCGGCAGGAACAGCUACCCAGGCUGACACCAUGCCCGGCAUGGACAUGAGCGGAUCUGGCGGCAUGGCAAUGAACGACAGCCACGGUUCGAGCAGCAUGAGCAUGAUGAUGAUGACCAUCUUCCAAACCAACAUCAAGACUCCGCUCUACACCGAGAACUGGACCCCGAACAGCGUUGGCACCUACGCUGCCACUUGCAUCUUCCUCGUCUUCCUGGCCUUCGGUCUUCGCAGCAUGGUCGCCCUCAAGUCUAUCCAGGAGAAGCGAUGGUUGGACAAGGAUUUCAAGCGUCGCUACGUCAAAGUCAACGGAAAGCUCGGUAUGGCUGGUCAAAUGUCCCAGGACAGCAUGGCCCACAAGAUGGUUCUCUCGGAGAACGGAGUAGAGGAAAAUGUCACAGUUGUGCAAGGACAGCACGGUAUCUGGCGGCCAUGGAGGUUUUCUGUCGAUCCCAUCCGCGCCCUCAUCGACACGUCCAUCGCCGGCGUUGGCUACCUCCUCAUGCUUGCGGUCAUGACCAUGAACGUCGGAUAUCUCCUCUCCGUUCUCGGUGGUGUUUUCUUGGGUAGUCUCGCCGUUGGCCGAUUUGCGACCAUGGGAGAGCAUUAA